AUGACCGAGUUUUGGCUGAUUUCUGCUCCUGGGGAAAAAACCUGUCAACAGACAUGGGAGAAACUACAUGCAGCAACCACAAAACAUAACAAUCUUUCUACUAAUUCAAAGUUCAAUAUUCCAGACUUGAAGGUGGGCACACUGGAUGUUUUGGUUGGUUUGUCAGAUGAGCUGGCUAAACUGGAUGCCUUUGUGGAGGGUGUUGUAAAGAAAGUGGCCCAGUAUAUGGCUGAUGUCCUAGAAGACAGUAAAGAUAAAGUUCAGGAGAAUCUUCUGGCUAAUGGAGGUAAAUUUUUAACCAUGAUGUAUGCAGGAGAGAAGCUCUUUACAAUUUUAGUUGACUUGGUCACCUAUGUAACAAGGUUCCAGUGGGAUAUGGCCAAAUACCCAAUCAAGCAAUCCUUGAAGAAUAUUUCAGAAAUUAUUGCAAAGGGAGUAAACCAGAUUGACAAUGAUCUGAAAGCAAGAGCCUCAGCAUACAACAAUCUGAAAGGGAACCUUCAGAAUUUGGAAAGAAAGAACGCGGGAAGCUUGCUAACCAGAAGUCUUGCUGAUAUUGUAAAGAAAGAGGACUUUGUACUUGAUUCAGAGUAUUUGGUCACUUUAUUAGUGAUUGUACCCAAGUCAAAUUAUAAUGACUGGGUUAAGCAAUAUGAAACACUAGCAGAGAUGGUUGUCCCACGUUCCAGCAAUGUACUCUUUGAGGAUCAAGACAGUUACCUCUGUAACGUCACCUUGUUCAGGAAGGCAGUGGAUGACUUCAAGCAUAAAGCCAGAGAAUACAAAUUUAUGGUCCGUGACUUCCAGUACAAUGAAGAAGAGAUGAAGGCAGAUAAAGAAGAAAUGAAUAGGCUGUCAACUGACAAGAAGAAACAGUUUGGGCCUCUGGUCCGGUGGCUGAAAGUUAAUUUCAGUGAAGCUUUCAUUGCAUGGAUUCAUGUGAAGGCACUACGAGUUUUUGUUGAAUCUGUUUUAAGGUAUGGUUUGCCAGUUAACUUUCAGGCAAUGCUACUUCAGCCUAACAAGAAAACAAUGAAGAAACUGAGGGAGGUUUUAUAUGACUUAUACAAGCACCUUGACAGCAGUGCAGCAGCUAUCAUUGAUGCAACUAUGGAUAUUCCUGGCUUAAACCUCAGUCAGCAGGAGUACUACCCAUAUGUGUACUACAAGAUUGAUUGCAAUUUGCUGGAAUUCAAGUGAAAACCAAUUCCCUAACGUGACAAUCUUCCCAGUGUUGGUGUAAACAAACAGAAGUGAGGCUGAAGUACAGUAAUACUUUAACACUCUACUAAUCAUAUGCUUGCUUCUUAUGUUAGGUGAAUUUAACACACUGUGGUCCAUCUCUAGGCAUUUUCUUUUUUUUCCAGGAAGAGUGUAGGUAAUCUGCUUUUAAUCAAUUCUGUCUGUAAAUGUAUAUUGAGAGAACUGAAGUAUUUAUAAAGAGAGUGAUUUAUUUAAGGGAAAAAAAAAAAAGCAGCUCAUUCCUCUUUCAUAUGGUGGUCUGUGUUAAUUCCAUGUACCAUUGUUUAUAAACCAAAACUUGUUUACAGAAGAAUAGUGUAAAUGUUCAUGGCCAUUUUGUUCAUUUGGUUUGGUAGCUAAAGUGUGUUAAUGUUGUUGAACUGUGCUGUAAAGUAUGUAAAAUUGGUAUGAAAUUGUGUUUUCUGAGUGGUUUAAAAUUACAACUGCAGCCCUGUAACCACAGGAGAGAAAAAAAAAUAA